ACAAACAUGAUCGGGAAGUUAAAAAGAUGCUGGUCAUGUGUUGACCAAUGAACAACAAAUUCAAGCUGUCAUACGCUCUUUGCCUAGUUCGUGGGAUCAUAUGAAGAUGCACUUGACUCAUAAUGAAAGAAUCACAACUCUGGAAGAUGUCCGGAGGCAUCUUGAGUUAGAGGAGGAACGACUUGAGGCUGCGAAGCCAAUAGCUGAGUUGCACAUGGCAACAACCUCCAAAAACAAAGGUGAUCCAAAGCGAAAUAACUGGGGAAAGAAGAGAGGGCCACCUCAGACUCAGCCUCCUAAACGAGCAAAGACUGAAAAAGGAAAGAAUAGACGUCCCAAACGUGUCAAUGUUGCUAAAGCGAAGUGCUAUAAUUGUGACAAGAAGGGUCACUAUGCUAAGGAUUGCUCUGAGCCUCCUAGAAAGACUCGGGAGCAAUGGACCACAUAGCUUGGGAGAGCAAUGCCUUUGUUGAAUUUCGGCGAGUUUCAUGUGGAGCAAAGUGGAUAUAUGUGGGAAACAACAAUAAAGUUGCUGUUGAAGGGAUCGGUACAUGCAAGUUAGUCCUGCGUAGCGGUCGAGACCUAAUUCUACAUGAUGUCCUCUAUGCACCAACAAUUCGUCGGAAUGUUAUUUCAGUCUCUGUUUUGCUUAGGCUAGGAUUUAGCUUGUUUUUUCAUGACACUUAUCUCAAGUUGACUUAUGAUUCAAUAUUAUUUGGUUUUGGUCAUGUGAUCGGAGGUUUAUUUAUUAUGGAUUUAGAUUAUGGUUCAUUUAAUAAUAAUGCUAGUUUUUCUAUGUUUGCUUUGACAAAUAAAUAUGAUAGUG